AUGGCGGGCUUCUUCACCUGGUUGUGGGACUGGCUGCUGUGGAUGUUCUGGGCGACCGAGAUGGACGUUGCCAUAGUCGGAUUGCAAAAUGCCGGCAAGACGAGUUUGGUGCGGGUUCUAGCUGGCAAUGAGUUCACCGUCGACACCGUGCCCACAGUCGCUUUCAACAAGAGAGAAGUCAAGAAGGGUCACGUUUCAAUCAAGUGCUGGGAUCUCGGCGGUCAACCACGUUACCGAUCAAUGUGGGAGCGAUAUUGUCGCGGGGUCAAUGCCAUUCUCUUUGUGGUCGACGCCACCGACAUAGAGGCGAUCCCGGUUGCUCGAGAGGAGCUGCAUAAUCUCAUGGACAAGCCUACGCUCAAUGCCAUUCCUCUCCUCGUUCUCGGCAACAAGUCAGAUUUGCCCAACAAGCUGUCGGUGGACGACCUGAUUGACCAGCUGGACCUGAAGACGAUAGUUCGACGCGAAAUCAGUUGUUAUGGAAUCAGCGCGAAGGAAGAGACGAAUCUGGAAGCGGUGCUUCAAUGGCUUGUUGCUAGGUCAGGCAAGUGA